AUGGAGGCUAAAGUUGAAGAAGCAGCCCGCAGAAAAAGUGUUUCCGAAAAAGAUAUAGAAGCUGGACUACUUGUAAAGAUCAUAUAUAAGGGACUUUUUUAUAUGGACAUGGAGUUACAUGCACAACCUGAUGAAUCUACAAUUAAAUGUAAUGCUCCUCUACAUUUAAUACAUAGACACCGAAAAGAUCGUAAAAAAGAUGAACGUAUGAGAGAUCGAAAAAGAAUUAAGGAAAGAGAUCGGGAAGUGGAAGUUGAACUUAUACGAAACAAUGCCAACCAGGCGAUUUCAGGGGCAUCCUCCUAUAACAUCAUAGAAUUAAAAGGACACAAUGAAGAUGUGUUUUUAUGUGCAUGGAAUCCAAAAGACAUUAAUGUCUUAGCAACAUGUGGUUCAGACGGCACUUUGCGAAUCUGGAAUAUUUCUAAUUGGCAAAAAAACAAUACGCAACCCACACUCAUUAAACAUUUGUUUAAUAAAUCUUCAGAAUCUGUUUGUUGUCUAGAUUGGAACCCAACAGAGGCUAAUACAAUAGCUAUUGCAUAUUCGGAUGGGUUAUUUUGUAUUUAUAAUUCUAAAGGGGCUUUACGUAGUAGUUCUCGUCAAAAUUCAGUUUUAACGAUUAAAUGGAGCCCAAGGGGCGAACAUUUACUUACAGUUACUCAAGAUGGAUUUAGCAUUUGUACUGAUAAGCGUGGAAACACCGUUGGGCAGUAUAAGCACGAAAUUUUAUAUGACAUUGCAUGGUCUAGUGAUGAAUUAUUUGUUGCAAGUACAAAAAAUAAUAUAUUGGUUUAUACCAUUGAUCAAGAAAAUCCGAUUAAAACGUUAACUGGUCAUAAAGGACCUGUCAAAUGUUUGGCCUACGACAACAGUAAGACUUAUUUGGCAAGCGGCUCUUCAGAUUUUACGGUUAAGAUUUGGAAAGAAAAUAAAAAGGAAAUAAAUUCACUUAAUCAUGAUAGUGAAGUACAUUGUUUAGCUUGGUCCAGUUUAAAGACGACUAGCAAGAAAAAAGAAACAGGUUACAUUCUUGCUACUGCUACAAAAGAUCAUAAAGUGACGAUAUGGGACACAGAGAAUGGUAAAAAACUUAAGGAGAUUAAAAACAAUCAAUCCAUUGUAUCUACACUCGAAUUUAGUCCGAAUGGAGCAUUUCUUGCUCUAGGGUCGUAUGAUCAAAAUUUGUUGAUUAUUGAUGCCAAAAGUUUUGAAAUUAAAAUUUCAUAUAGAACAGAUUCACCGAUAUACCGUCUUCAUUGGGAUACAUUAAGCUCUAAGAUAGCGUUUAGUUUGGCAAACGGCAACGUAAUUAAAAUCCUAAGCUGUUAA